CCCCAGAUAAUAACAUGGAGACAGAACUCAAAUCCUAAAGGUCGGUGCAUUGAGCCCUGUCUGCCAGGAACCCGAAAAGUUCUCAGAGGAGGAUAUCACAUCUGCUGCUAUGACUGUAUCCCAUGUCCAGAAGGAGAAUUUACAAAUCAUCCAGUGGAUAUAACCUGCAUGCUGAGACAAAUCUUCUUUGGCGUCUUCUUCACAGUUGCCGUGUCUUCUGUCCUGGCCAAGACCAUCAUAGUCUGCAUAGCAUUCAAGGCCACCAGACCAGACAGCUCCUGGAGAAAAUGUGUGGGGGUUAAGCUUCCUUAUUCUGUAGUGUUGGUCUGUUCAUCUCUUCAGAUCCUGAAUGCAGUUAUCUGGUUGUCAUUGUCUCCUCCAUAUCAAGAGCUUAACCUGGAUUAUCCUGGGAAGAUCAUCAUUCAGUGUAAUGAAGGGUCUGUCUUGGCCUUUUACCUCAUGUUGGGUUAUAUGGGGCUUCUGGCGGCUGUGAGUUUUCUUCUAGCUUUCAUGGUGAGGACAUUACCUGAUAUGUAUAAUGAAGCCAAGUAUAUCACCUUCAGCAUGCUGGUGUUCUGCAGUGUCUGGAUCGGUGCCAUCCCGGCCUAUCUGAGCAGUACAGGGAAACACAUGGUCACUGUAGAGAUAUUUGCAAUAUUAGCCUCAGUGGGAGGAACAUUGAGCUGCAUGUUUCUACCUAAAUGUUACAAUAUCCUGAUGGAGCCUGAAGUGAACAGUAAAGGACAUUUGUUCCAGAGAAGCGUUAUGUGAAGAUGUUUUUGUCACUG